UUUGUCUAUAACUUCUUACCAAUUCUCAAACAAACCAUACCAUAAAAUAUAUAGAUUCAUCUUAAUUAUACCUCUAUACCAAAACCCUACCUUCUCAUUUCUCUCUCUCUCCAAAGCCAAAAAGAAAAAAAGAUAAUGGAAAUGAUGAACAAAUUACAAAAUCAUGAUCAUGAUGAAUUUAUUUUUAGAUCAAAACUUCCAAAUAUUUACAUCCCAAAUCAUCUCCCUCUUCACAAAUAUUGUUUUGAGAAUAUUUCUCAAUUUAGUUCAAGAACUUGUUUGAUCAAUAGUACCACGGGUGCAACAUAUAGUUAUAUUGACGUUGAACUUAUUGCUAAAAGAAUUGCCUUAGGUCUACACCAACUUGGCAUCGAACAAAGAGAUGUCAUCAUGUUAUUGCUUCCGAAUUCGCCCGAAUUCGUGUUUGCAUUCCUCGGAGCGCUGUUCCGAGGAGUGAUAUGCACGACCGCGAAUCCGUUCUACACUCCAUCGGAGAUAACAAAGCAAGCGAAAGCGUCAAACGCGAAGCUCAUCAUAACACAAUCUCUCUACGUUGAUAAAAUCAAGCGUUACGCGGAGGAAAAUGAGGUGAAAAUCAUGUGCACGGACGACGAUUCCACCCCCGACGAUUGCCUUAGUUUUGCGGAGUUGUUGUUGAAUUGUCAGAACGAUAUUCAUUUAUCUGAUAGUGUAAAAAUUCUUCCAGAUGAUGUAGCGGCUUUACCUUAUUCGUCCGGCACGACCGGGUUGCCUAAAGGGGUGAUGCUAACACAUAAAGGACUAGUAACAAGUGUGGCACAACAAGUGGAUGGUGAAAACCCUAAUCUAUAUUUUCAUAGUGAAGAUGUGAUUAUGUGUGUGUUGCCAUUGUUUCAUAUUUAUUCUCUCAAUUCCAUUUUGCUAUGUGGGCUAAGAGUUGGGGCAACUAUUUUGAUAAUGCAAAAGUUUGAGAUAAAAGGAUUAAUGGAGUUAGUGGAGAAGUAUAAGGUGACAAUUGCACCAUUUGUACCACCUAUAGUAUUGGCUAUAGCAAAAAGUCCAUUGGUGGAUGAAUAUGAUUUGUCAUCAAUAAGAAUGAUAAUGUCAGGGGCAGCACCAAUGGGGAAAGAACUUGAAGAUACUGUUAGAGCUAAAUUGCCUAAUGCCAUAUUAGGACAGGGAUAUGGCAUGACAGAAGCAGGUCCAGUACUAUCAAUGUGUCUAGCUUUUGCAAAACAACAAUUUGAAGUCAAAUCUGGUUCCUGUGGGACUGUUGUUCGUAACGCCGAGAUGAAGAUCGUCGAUACCAACACCGGAGCAUUUCUUCCCCGGAAUCACGCCGGAGAAAUCUGCAUUAGAGGUGAUCAGAUCAUGAAAGGAUAUCUUAAUAACCCGAAAGCAACAGAGGAAACGAUAGACAAAGAAGGAUGGUUACAUACGGGCGAUAUUGGAUACAUAGAUGAUGAUGAUCAAGUAUUUAUAGUAGACAGAUUAAAAGAAUUAAUAAAAUACAAAGGAUAUCAAGUAGCUCCUGCUGAAUUAGAAGCUAUGCUUAUUUCAAAUCCAAAUAUAUCUGAUGCUGCUGUUGUCCCGAUGAAAGAUGAAGUUGCAGGUGAAGUUCCUGUUGCAUUUGUUGUGAGAGCAAAUGGUAGUAAGAUUUCUGAGGAUGAGAUCAAACAAUAUGUAUCCCAACAGGUAAUAUUCUACAAGAGGAUAAAUAGAGUAUUUUUCACAGAAGAAAUUCCAAAAGCUCCAUCUGGAAAAAUACUUAGAAAAGAUUUAAGAGCUAAGCUUGCAGCUGGAGGUUUAGCUAGUUGAAUUUUGUUAUGGAAAUAAAUAUAUAUUAGCAUAUAUAUGAACUUUACUUUAUGAUAUAUAGGUAUUUGUAUAAAUAUUGAAUGAAAUUUGUAUUCUGAUAAUUGUUCUGUAUAUUGAACCAAUACAUAUUUGCAUACAUAUACCA